CAGAGUAUGAUUGGUCGACGGAUGUUGGAAAUUCAACUUCGGAGGAUUGGCAUUUUUGGCGCUGAAGAAACCAUUAGCUCACAUCCAAAUUUUGAUGACAGCUUUAAAAUAUUGUGGGCUAAUCACGGAGAUGACAUAAGCAUUCAAUACUCUGGCACUCCUGCACUGAAAGGAGAUUUUGUCAGGUUUGGCCAGCGGACAACUCAAGGGAUCAUGAAUGAUCUUCGUAAUGCCCUUGUACGUUAUUAUUUGAACAACUUUUGCGAUGGAACAAAACAGGAUGCAAUUGACCUCCUCCAAGGACACUACAUUGUUUCUGUCAGCCGUGAUAUGACCCCUCAACCUCAAAAAGGAGGCCUAGAGACUGUGGCUUCAUUUCCACUGGCUUUGGCAUUAGUCUUGAUUGGAUUCUUCUUUGCAAUCGUGUCACUGAGGCAAGUUAGCUAUGGAUAUCGGCACCUAUUCUUUUCACUAAUGUGGACCGGUAUAAGUAUUGGUAUUGCAGCUGUUGUGAGAACUAAUGGCAGGAUUUUCUGCAACCGACCUCGCCUGCACAAACCAAGAAGAUAAUUCUUGGUUGAGAAAAGCCCUGGCCUAUACAACACUUUUACAAAUUCUCAUCAUGCUGGUUAUUGUAUUUAUUCUUUCAUACUGCUUUUUGUGGUUCAUAUGGUUCUGAAUUUUUUUUGUCAGCAAAUACGACUAUUCUUUUCUUCAGUAUCAUUCCCUUUUGUAGAAAUGUAAUUCUCCCUGAGCUUUGUUCAA